AUAUUCUUCCUUUUCUCCUUCCAUCUCUGUUUCCUACUCACACAUAUACACACAUACAAUUAAUAUCUAGAAAUCGUGGGUGGUGGAGGAGACUUCCCUAUGACUCUGACCAAGAAAGAAGUAGUGGAAGCAAUGCUACCGAUGCAGGAGCAUUGGCUGCCACUGUCCAACCUCGACUUGCUUUUGCCUCCAGUAGAUGUGAGUGUGUUUUUCUGUUACAAGAAUCCACAUGAUCAUAGUGUUAAUGGAGAUCAUGGCUUCAGUUUUGGGUCCAUGGUUGGGGCUCUGAAAAUAGCCAUGUCCCAAGCACUGGUGUCCUAUUACGCAUUUGCUGGGGAAGUUGUGAGUAACUCAGCGGGUGAGCCUGAGCUUCUAUGCAACAACCGUGGGGUAGAUUUCAUGGAGGCUCACGAGGAUGUACGACAGGAAAACCUCAACUUGUAUAACCCUGAUGUUAGCAUUGAAGGCAAGCUUGUCCCUAAGAAGGAGAAUGGCGUCCUCUCAGUACAGGUGAUGGAGCUGAAAUGUAGUGGGGUUGUGGUGGCCUGUACAUUUGAUCAUCGGAUAGCAGAUGCAUAUUCUGCCAAUAUGUUCCUAGUUUCGUGGGCUAAGAUGGCUCAGUCCAAGACACUAUCUGUAACACCAUCCUUCCGGCACUCUCUCCUUAACACUCGAUGUCCAGGCUCCUACGAUCCAUCCUUUGACGACAUGUACGUCCCCAUCUCAUCCUUCCCUCCUCCCAAAGCUCCACAGCCCUGUGUCGAUCCUCUUAUGAGCAGGCUUUACUGUGUCACGGUCGAACAGCUCUGUCUACUACAAAUGCUGGCCACCAGCAAGAGUAGCUCCUGCAAGAGGACUAAACUAGAGUCUCUCAGUGAUUUCUUGUGGAAGAUGGUUGCCAAAAUUGCAGACGUGGAUGAUGAUAACAAAAAGAUAUGCAAGAUGGGGAUCGUGGUAGAUGGAAGAAGGCGAUUAAACAGUGGGGAUGAGGAUAAAGCUGCUGCGAUGGCCAAUUACUUUGGAAAUGUGUUGUCUAUUCCCUUUGGCGAGAAGAUAAUAGAUGAGCUGAAAGAGAAACCAUUGAGUUGGGUGGGAGAUGCCGUUCAUGAGUAUCUGGAAGGGGCAGUGACGAGGGAGCAUUUCUUGGGGCUCAUAGACUGGGUGGAGGCUCACCGUCCAGAGCCAGCUGUAGCAAAGAUAUAUUGCAAUGGAAGCAAUGAUGGACCGGCAUUCGUGGUGUCAUCAGGACAGAGAUUCCCAGUAUCAAAGGUGAAUUUCGGGUGGGGAAGGCCGGCUCUGGGGUCAUACCAUUUUCCAUGGGGUGGGGAAGAUGGAUAUGUGAUGUCGAUGCCAAGCCCGAUGAGAGAUGGUGACUAGGUGGUGUACGUACAUCUCUUGAAAGGCCAGAUAGAGUUGAUUGAGACGGAGGCUGCUCACGUCUUCAGGCCCUUGACACCUGAGUAUCUUAAAUUAGCUUAAUUCAUUGUGAUUAUUUAAGAAAGUUGAAGUUGGAUUAAGAAAACAAAGGGCACAAAGUGCACAUUUUCUCUAGAUUAAAAAUAUACUAUUAUCAUUUGGAAAAAAGAAGGCGUUGUAUUUGCUAAGUUGUGGCUUCUUUAGGAACAUACGUAACGUUACUUUUUUGG